AAGGAAUGGGGGAGUUGAUGAUCGAGGUGUUUUGUUUUAUGCUGGACAGAAGAUGAAGUGGUGUGUUGUUCUCCUGCUGGCCUUGCUGCAGUCUUUGUGCUGCUCAGGCUUGCCCCUGUACCAGUCAGAGCUGGCUUCCAUGGCAGACAAGGCUCUUGUCGUGACCAUGACCCAAGUCAACAAUCUGUACGCCGGCCUUCGUCUAUACCGAGUCACCCGUGGCUCUGUCAAAAGGGUUGUUCCUAUAGGAUUGAACACAUAUGACCUGAUGAUGAACUUUGGGAUAAAGGAGACAGACUGUCUGAAGAGCUCUGGAGAAGACCCACAGAGAUGUGCUUUCAGACUGGGCUUCUUUGUGGUGAGACCCAAUCCUAGCAAUCUAUGGCUUACACAGGCAGCCCAAUUCUGAUAUUUUUCCUGAUUA